AUGCACCGCUACACUCUCCUUGCUUUGCUCCCAGCGGUGCUGGGUUGCGCAAACCCCCUGACCAACGAAUGUGCCUCGUACAUGGUCAACAACGCCGCCGAGGCGUCGGCCUUCUGUGCCACCUUCACCCAGAGCGUCGUGACUGCCACGGCCGAUCUUCCUUCGUGGGCCAGCGCUUGCGCCUACAAGCCCAAGCACAUCUCCAAGGAGUGUGCGUGCCACUUCACCGCUGGCAGCGAGGGCGGCGCCGCUGCUACGACUCCCAGCUUUGAGGAGCCUGUUCAGACCGGUGCUGCUACUACUCCUGCCGCGGAGCCUGCUUCCUCUGGCAGUGGAUCUGGCAGCGAUGGCUCGACUUGCGGAUCUGCUGCCGAAGAUGCCCUCGUCGGAUACGGCGAUGGUACCACCGGUGGUGGCAGCGGAAGCGGCACCACUGUGACUUCUUGCUCUGAGCUUUCGUCAGCCAUUGCCGCUGGUGGUGUCAUCACCAUCUCUGGCAUCCUGUCUGGCUGUGAUAUUCUCGAGCUUGCCAGCGACACCACCAUCAUUGGUUCUGGCGCCGACUCUGGUCUCACUGGUGGUGGCUUCCGCCUCAAGGCAGUCGAGAACGUCAUCAUCCGCAACCUCAAGAUGAACGACCCCCCUGAGGGCAAGGACCUCAUCGACAUUGAGGGCUCCACCUAUAUCUGGGUCGACCACUGUGACCUCUCCGCCGAGGGCAUCACCGGUGACAAGGACUUCUACGACGGUCUCCUCGAUAUCAAGCGCGCCUCCGACUUCGUCACCAUCAGCUGGACCAAGUUCUCCGAUCACUGGAAGGCCAGCCUGAUCGGCCACUCUGACAGCAACGGCGACCAGGACACUGGCACCCUUCACGUCACCUACCACCACAACUACUGGACCAACAUCAACAGCCGUUGCCCGUCUGUGCGCUUCGGAACUGCUCACAUCUACAGCAGCUGCUACGAGGACAUCCCCACCUCGGGCAUCAACUCGCGCAUGGGCGCUCAGGUGCUCGUGGAGCAGACCUCGUUUAGCGCCGUCAAGAACGCCAUCAUCACCAACCUCGACAGUGAUGAGGAUGGUUUUGCGUUCGAGCGCAACAACCUGUACACCGAUAGCGAGAUCACCAUCACCCAGGAGCAGGAGUUUACUCCUCCCUACGACUACACUACCGACCCUGCCUCUUGCAUCUGCGAUCUGGUCAAGUCCAAGGCCGGCACUGGUGUCAUUGCUUAA